AUGAUCGGUUGGACACAAUUUAAGAUAAAUUUGUUAACUAUUUUCAUAGUAUUCCUAUCGUUAAGCUAUGGUGUUAUGACUGACACAACAACAACUGAUCCACCAUUAAGCGCCAGUAUCAUAGCAAUACUAUUCAUCGGUAGUAUACUAUCACUGGUCAUUCAGUGUGGCGGCUGUAUAAUUAUCGUUUGGCUGUUUAUGCGGACAAUACAUAACAUUGCCCGACCCGAGCGCUCAACACGAAAACCAAAAGUGAUUCACAUAUACACUGCACCCCAACCCGUGAAUACGAUUACUACUACUACCGCUGCUGUCGCUGUCCCACAGUCACCACAACCAAUGUAUCAGCCAUUAAAAUCUCAGAGUCCAACACCAGUCCAGACACCACAAGUAUCGGUCAUUAAACCAUUAGAAAAAUCAUCGGCCAAUCGUAAUGACAGUAAAGAUAAUGAGGAGCUUACUGUGCGAUCUAACUAA